ACGAGGCAACUUCAGCCAUCUCCUCCCUGGCCUUAUGAUCCAUCCUACCAAUAUCUGGGAUCAAUUGCAACUUCUUCUGUUCAUCCAGCCACACCCAUUUCACCCGGAAGGGCUAGUGGGAUGACCUCCCUUUCUGCAGAGCUUUCAAGCCGGUUAACAAGUGCUUCUGACCUAACAGCGUUCAGUGAUCCAAGAGUAGGAAUUGAUCGUCCAUUUUCUGCCAUUCCUUCCAUUUCUGAUCCUCGUAUGCACUAUCCUGGAGCAUUCACCUAUACUCCAACCCCAGUCAGCUCAGGAAUAGGAAUUGGCAUGUCUGCCAUGACCACCGCCACCAGAUAUCACACAUACCUACCACCUCCCUAUCCAGGUUCUUCUCAGGCUCAAGGUAGCCCAUUUCAGACCAGCUCUCCUUCGUAUCAUCUCUACUAUGGAACAUCAGCAGGAUCUUACCAAUUCUCCAUGAUGUCCGGUGGUGAUCGGUCUCCCCCACGUAUUCUGCCUCCUUGCACUAAUGCUUCCACCGGAUCUACUUUACUCAAUCCCAACCUUCCAAACCAAAAUGAUGUUGUGGACACUGAAGGCAGUCAUAGCAACUCCCCCACCAAUAUGGGAACAACAGCAAGAUUAGAAGAAGCAGUGUGGCGACCAUAUUGAAUUAUUAUUACAGGUGUCUAUUCUGACAAUGUCCAUGAUUUUAUAUGACGAAUGAGAGCACUGCCAUGUUUAUCUUUCACACAGAAUAGCAAUCAGUUCUGAAGUCAGUAUUUCUGGAAAUAUUGCUAUGAUGUUCUCUGAUUGAUUUUUGCUCAGUGAAGUGAUUACAUUCUCAUAGACUUUUUCCAAGUCUGAACUUCAGAAAAUAAUAAAGGUUUAAGAUAGUAGUUCUGUUCACUCAUGUCGGCUAUAAAUAUGGAGAAGGAUAGAUACCCAAUAUGUGUCCAGAGUUUCAGACUUUGAAAUUUAAAGUAUUUUGUUUGACGUCUGGUGCUGAGGCAUUCGGUCUUACACAAUCUUAAAUAAUUUAAUCAAUCAUUUCGACCUGUAAGUUAAAAGGAAGUAUACAAUGAUUCUCAAAGAGAAACUGUGAAUGCUUCUAAUUUAGCAAUGCUGUGAAUAAGAGUUUUUAUAUCCUGGAAAUAAUUUUUUAAUCAAGUUGUAUAUUCCAAAGAAUACAGGAAUUGUUUUUAUUUUUAUUAUGUUUUUGAGCUGCAAUUCAUCCUUUUUUGUGUAUCAUCUUCCUUUAUUGGCACCUUAAAAUUUGCAGAAAGUUUUAAUCCUUUUUUUUUAUAACGUGCUCGCUUUUCUUGUACUUUUGUCAGCUAAAUGCAUCUACAAAAGCCUCUUUUCUAGAAAAGUAAUUUAAUUUUUUUAAUAUAAAGGAGUGACAACCUACAGUCCUUCUCAACUACUGAAAAAGUACAUGAUAAGUUGAUCAAUAUUUAUGCUCUGCAUUGAACUUUUGUAUGUGAUGCUUUUAUUUAAAUAAUGCUUUGAAAAUAAGCACAUACAUUUUGUAGCAACCAAAGUUUAAAAUUAUUACAUAUAAAAUGGCUGGAAUACUUAUGGA